CCAAUAAUUCAUUACUUAUUUAAUCAAUCAAAUUAAUAAUAUUAAUCUCUAUUCACACAGAUUCCGAUUUCAGACAGCUUUGAUGGCGGUUGACUUUUCGCCACCUUUGAUGGCUGCUAUACUACUAAAUCACUAGUUCAAACUCCCACAAAAUCCUCAAAAAUAUAGUUAAUUCCUCUGUUUUCUCAUCUGGGUUUUCAAGAAUGGAAUAGAUUAGGAGGAUUUAAGAGUGAAAAAAGAUGGCUUGGGAGAACCCAUUUAAGGAAAUGGCGAAUUCCAAGCCAUUGUUCUUGACGAUCUAUGCUACUGUCUUGAUCGGAAUUGUAUUCUCUUCGGUUUAUGUAUUUUCAGCUAUUUACUCUUCUCCUAAUUCCACCUUUUCCCUUUCCAUGGCUCCUUCCACUUCUUCAGAUGUAAAAGCAGAACCUUCAGUUCAAGCAUCAAACUUUUCUCAUCGACAAGUAGAUGAUGCUUCAAUACCAGUGAAACCCCAGCAUCAAAGCAAAUUAUUGAAGCCAAUUUGGAAAGUUCCCCCUGCGGGUUCAAAGAUGCUAGAUUUAGAAACUUUUAAAUUAUCAAAAGAACUGGUGCAGGAAAGAGUUACAGACAAUAUUGUAGUUGUGACCUUUGGUAACUAUGCUUUCAUGGAUUUUAUCUUGACGUGGGUUAAACAUUUGACAGAUAUGGGUGUUGAGAACCUUCUAGUCGGUGCAAUGGACACAAAGCUAUUAGAGGCGCUUUAUUGGAAAGGAGUGCCAGUUUUUGAUAUGGGUAGCCAUAUGAGCACUGUAGAUGUUGGAUGGGGCUCACCAACAUUUCACAAAAUGGGGAGAGAGAAAGUUGUACUCAUAGAUUCUAUCUUACCUUAUGGCUUUGAACUCCUAAUGUGUGAUACCGAUAUGGUGUGGUUAAAGAACCCUCUUCCUUAUAUAGCACGUUUCCCUGAAGCAGAUGUAUUGACCUCUACCGAUCAAGUUGUACCAACAGUUACCGAUGACAGAUUGGACCUGUGGCAACAAGUUGGCGCUGCUUAUAAUAUUGGAAUCUUCCAUUGGCGGGCUACUGAGUCCGCAAAGAAACUGGCCAGAGAAUGGAAAGAAAUGAUUUUAGCUGACGACAAGAUAUGGGAUCAGAAUGGUUUCAAUGAACUUGUGCACAGACAGUUGGGACCUUCUGUUGAUGAUGACAGUGGGCUCGUCUAUGCUUAUGAUGGAAAUCUCAAACUUGGUCUUCUCCCGGCAAGUAUUUUUUGCAGUGGGCAUACCUAUUUCGUCCAGUCUAUGUUUCAACAUCUAAGACUGGAGGCUUAUGCUGUACAUACAACAUUCCAAUAUGCUGGAACGGAAGGAAAGCGUCACCGAUUACGUGAAGGCAUGGUGUUCUAUGAUCCACCUGAAUACUAUAAUCCACCAGGAGGGCUUUUGACUUUUAAGCCGUCAAUCCCCAAGAACUUGUUACUGGAUGGAGAGCAUUCCAUAGAUACACACUUCACUCUUGUUAAUUAUCAGAUGAAACAAAUAAGGACUGCGCUUGCUGUUGCUUCAGUGCUGAAUCGUACCUUGGUAAUGCCGCCACUAUGGUGCAGGUUGGAUAGGUUGUGGUUUGGACAUCCUGGUAUUCUGCCGGGUUCUUUGACAAGGCAACCUUUUGUUUGUCCUCUAGAUCAUGUUUUUGAGAUUAAUGUGAUGUUGAAGGAAAUGGCAAAUGAGGAAUUUGGACCUGGGAUCAAUAUUAGGGAGUACUCACUAUUUGAAAAUCCAUCAAUGCCGCAAGAGGUUAAAAAGUCAUGGCUUGAUGUACAUCUCUGCCAAGAAGGGUCACCGGGCUGUCAGGUUAAUAGUACAAGUCAAAGCGGGGUUCUCAAACUUCCCAAACAUAGUACAGAAGAAACGUUGAAGACGGCAUUCUCCAAGUUUAAGGAUGUGAAAGUAAUCCAGUUCUCAUCAAUGCAAGAUGCCUUUGAUCGUUUUACGGACAAGACAAGGGAAGAACAAUUCAGGAAUCGUGUCAAGAGGUAUGUAGGCAUUUGGUGUUGCGUGGAGACUGGCACACCAGGUCACAUAUACUAUGAUAUGUAUUGGGAUGAGAAACCUGGCUGGAAAGCAGCUCCUCCCAACUCUACAAAAGAUGAUCAUCCGCCUUGGUGAGGCCUUGGACUCCAUUACCCUCAGAGAAGUGUGAAAAGAAAUGCUCUAUAACACCUUGCAAUUCAAGAGGGAUGUACCAUUGUUUCAUAGAGAAAUGUACUUUUGAAUCUAUAGAGUUGGUAUGAAGGAUUAGUCCUUCAUUAGGAUAGAACAUAUGUGCUUUUUUUAUGUACAAGCAAAAAAUUUUGAUUGUUCCAACAUUAGAAAAGUACAAAAUAAUGAAGUGUAUAAUUUUGAUUUGAGUAAAGAUGGCAGCUAACCAAAUGGUUAUCAUUA